AUGGUGCUAGAAGGAAGCCCUGAAGCGGUGAGUUCUCAUUCGCUUGACCUCCGUCGAGCAUGUCCCCAGAACGGACGCUUUUACCCUUCGGCAGGGGACAGUAUCCUGUUAACCAAAAAACCGGUGAAGUACGGGGAGCUGAUUGUCCUGGGGUACAAUGGCUGUUUGCCGAAUGGGGACAAGGGUCGCCAUCGCAGUCGCCUGGCGCUGUACAAGCGGCCCAAAGCCAAUGGGGUUAAACCCGACGUCAUCCAUCAUAUCUCCACACCCCUGAUGUCCAAAGCGUUGAGCGACAGAGGUCAACACAGCAUCUCCUAUACCCUUUCCCGAAGCCAUUCAGUAAUUGUGGAAUAUACUCAAGACAGCGAGACCGACAUGUUCCAGAUUGGCCGCUCUACGGAGAGCAUGAUUGAUUUUGUGGUGACAGACACAACCCCGGGGACCAACUCCUCCGUGGACGGACAGUCGGCCCAAAGUACAAUUUCACGCUUUGCCUGUCGCGUCAUUUGUGAGAGGAACCCUCCAUACACUGCCCGGAUUUACGCUGCUGGCUUCGACGCUUCCCGCAACAUUUUCCUUGGAGAGAGGGCUGCCAAGUGGAGGACUCCAGACGGGCUCAUGGACGGGCUGACCACCAACGGCGUGCUUGUGAUGCACCCCAACGGUGGCUUUUCCGAAGACUCCACUCCAGGGGUCUGGCGGGAGAUCUCGGUGUGCGGGAACGUCUACGCUCUGCGUGACAGUCGCUCCGCACAGCAGCGGGGAAAGCUGGUGGAGUUGGAGUCGAACGUGCUCCAGGACGGUUCCCUGAUCGACCUCUGUGGAGCCACGCUGCUGUGGCGGACCUCGGAGGGCCUCCUGCGCACGCCGACCCUGCAGCAGCUGGAGGUGCUGCGCCAAGAGAUCAACGCUGCCCGGCCCCAGUGCCCAGUGGGCUUCAGCACCCUGGCGUUCCCCAGCCUGGCCCAGCGGGGCGUGGUGGAGAAACAGCAGCCCUGGGUCUACGUCAACUGUGGCCACGUCCACGGCUUCCACAACUGGGGCUUUCGCAAGGAGAAAGGGAGCCUGGAACGCGAGUGCCCCAUGUGUCGGAGGCUGGGCCCGUACGUGCCUCUCUGGCUGGGCUGCGAGGCAGGGCUGUAUCUGGACGCCGGACGCCCCACCCACGCCUUCUGCCCCUGCGGCCACGUCUGCUCCGCCAAGACUGUCCAGUACUGGUCGCAGAUCCCUCUGCCCCACGGCACACACGCCUUCCACGCAGCCUGCCCCUUCUGCGGCACCUGGCUGACGGGCCAGCAGGGUUUUGUCCGCCUCAUUUUCCAGGGACCCCUCGACUGAGCUGGGGAGGGGGGCAGCGUGGCCCG